AUGGCAGCCUUCUGUAGAGGCAGGCACAGGUUAAAAUCCGUAGGUUGCUUACAUACAUCAACCAGAAAUUUGACAGGUAAAUUCGACUAUGAUGUCGUGGUUAUUGGUGGAGGCUCCGGAGGUCUGGCAUGCUCUAAGGAAGCUGCUCAGCUCGGGAAGAAGGUUGCUGUCUUGGAUUAUGUAGAACCAUCAGCCAAAGGUACUAAAUGGGGUUUAGGAGGAACAUGUGUAAAUGUUGGGUGCAUACCAAAGAAACUGAUGCACCAAGCCGCUCUUUUCGGCACUGCAAUCAAAGAUGCGCAGAAAUACGGCUGGACGAUACCGGGCCCUGCAUCGCAUGAUUGGGUCACUUUGUCAGCAGCUGUGCAGAAUCAUGUGAAAUCACUGAACUGGGGUCAUCGAGUUCAGCUACAAGACAAGAAAGUGAAAUAUCUCAACAUGAAGGGCAGCCUGGUUGAUGAACACACAAUCAAAGGAGUAACCGCCAGAGGCAAAGAGACGACUCUCACUGCCAGGAACAUUGUGAUCGCCACUGGAGGCCGUCCAAAGUACCCCACACAUGUCCCUGGAGCGAUAGAGCAUGGGAUCACCAGUGACGAUAUAUUCUGGCUCAAAGAGUCACCUGGAAAGACGCUCGUGGUGGGUGCCAGCUAUGUGGGCCUGGAGUGUGCAGGCUUCCUGACGGGCAUCGGUCUGGACACCACCAUCAUGGUGCGCAGCAUCGCCCUCCGGGGGUUUGACCAGCAAAUGGCCGGACUGGUGACUGACUAUAUGGAGGCCUAUGGCACCAAGUUUGCCUGGAAGUGUGCCCCUAAGAAGGUGGAGAAGCUGCCCUCUGGGGGUCUCCAGGUGACCUGGACGAAUACCUUCACGAAGAAGGACGAGACCGACACCUUCGACUCAGUACUCUGGGCUGUGGGCAGAGCUCCUGAGUCCCAGCUCCUUAACCUGGAGAAGGCCGGGGUGCAGCUCGACACGGAGACGGGCAAAAUAGUAGUGACCCCUAACGAAGCCACGUCUGUGUCCAGCAUCUACGCCAUCGGCGACAUCAGCCUGGGCCGCCCGGAGCUGACCCCAACUGCCAUUCAGGCAGGCAAGCUGCUGGCCCGCCGCCUCGCCGGGGUCUCCAAGGAGCUCAUGAACUACCACAAUGUGGCCACCGCUGUGUUUACUCCUCUGGAGUAUAGCUGUGUUGGCUUGUCUGAAGAGGAGGCCGAGCAGAAGUAUGGGAAGGACUCCAUUGAGGUGUUCCAUGCGUUCUACAAGCCACUGGAGUUCACUGUGGCAGAGCGAGAUGCCAGCCAGUGUUACAUCAAGGCGGUGUGUUUGCGUGAAGGAGACCAGCGCAUACUGGGCCUGCACUUCACUGGCCCCAACGCUGGAGAGGUCAUCCAGGGCUUUGCCUUGGGCUUCCAGUGUGGAGCCACCUACACUCACCUGGUGAACACCGUGGGCAUUCACCCCACCUGCGCCGAGGAGCUGACCAAGCUCAACGUCACCAAACGCUCCGGGUUGGACGCCACGGUAACGGGCUGCUGAGGUUAAGCACCCCCUCUCUGAACAGCACGAGCACACACACACACACACACACACCAGAGCCUAUCCAGUAUAGAGGGGCCUGCUAGACACGCAGGCAGGGGAGAGGAGUUGAAGAUUGCCAGGCCUUAGAGCCACCUCUUAGCGUUGUGUCUCUCAGCGCUCACUUCUGCUAGCCCUCUGCCCAGCCACAGGUCACUCUCCUUUCAAAACCUCUUUUAGACGUGUACUUGUCAAGGAAUAGCCUGCCUGCCAUCUUCCUGGGUCAUGUGCUCGAGAUCUACUCUUUCUGAAAUGCCACUCAAUCCAUGAGCCACUCCAAACUCUGACCACUCGGUCAUUGUGCACCACGCGGGUAGGGUGGUGGACCCUCUCCCGAGCGUUUUUUUAACGUGUGUUAAGAUUAUUUUAUGGAGCGCUAAUUGCGCACUUAGAUUUUUACUUGGGGAAAAUACUUGUCCAGGUUAAAGCAAACCAAUCCUAGGCAGCGCGGUGGCAACAACGUAAACAAGGCCAUAAAUCAGGAUUAAGGGGCCGCUACAGUUUGUUGAAAUGAGCGCACACGAGAGUGAGGGAGAGAGAGAGAGAGAGAGAGAGAGAGAGAGAGAGAGAGAGAGAGGGAGGUAGACAGCAGCAAGGGCCCGAGCGUCUCAGAAAUAUAUUCUGCAAAUAUUGUUGUUUCUCCGGCUGUACUUCCUGCCCAUUAGUCUUGAAGGUGACACGCGGUACCCACCCUGACACUGAUGGAUGAGAGAGAGGGCCGUCGCCGCGGUGACACCGCCCCCCGUUUCCCAUGGACACAGACAAACACCCUGGCGAGUCCCUGCUGUCAGUCAGUGACGGGUAGACCACGGCCAGGGAGCUGGGUGGGCAGAGAGAGAAAGAGAGAGAGUGAGAGAAAGAGAGAGAGAGAGAGAGCUUGUUUAGGUCUGUGCCCUUCCGAACCCAGUGGGGAAUACGUGGGCCCUG